GUUUCCGGACAGAUCGGUGCUCCUCUCCGUCAGACAGCAGCAGACAUGGCGGAGUACAGCCAGGUGGGCCUCCUGGCGGCUCUGCUGCUCUUCACGGCGCUCACGGUCCGGGACGUUUAUCUCGGCCGAUCGAGCCUGCAGCCGGCCGGAAGCCCCGCCGGCAUCUCCCCGGACCCCUUACCGGACACGGGGCCCGGUAAACCCGCCAAGCCCUCCCUGUACACCGGGCCGGUGCUCCGGUUCCAGUACUGUAUCUCCUGAGGUUACAACAAAGUGUUCCAGGAGUACUCUCGAGCCAUCAGCCAGCUGUACCCGGACAUCCGCAUCGAGGGUGAAAACUAUCCCCCCACCCCCUUCAACCGGUGUGCUGGUAACCUGAUCUCUUACCUGAAGCUCCUCUCCAUCCUGCUGAUCGUCAGCGGUCAGAACCCCUUCGCAUUUCUCGGCCUCGACACUCCCAGAGCCUGGACCUGGAGUCAGGACAACAAGAUUUUCUCUUGUCUGAUGUCCUUCUUCCUCUGUAACAUGAUGGAGACCCACUUCCUGUCCACAGGGGCCUUUGAGGUCACUCUGAACGACCUCCCUGUGUGGUCUAAACUUCAGUCGGGUUACGUCCCGAACAUCCAGGAGAUCUUCCAGAUACUCGACAACCAUCUGAAGAUUAACCAGGUGGAUCCCAUGAGCUUCUCCUCCCCUUAGAGCUGCACAGCUGUGCUGCGUUCAGGUGUCCCGGCUCAGUGGUACGUUCAGCCGCUGGCGUUCAUGAAGGUUCGGCCUUAAAGCAGACUCUGCGGGGCCCGGCCGGAUGUCCCCCGCCUCAAAACGAGCGUUCCCUUCUGCGCCGGGUCACAACUCAGCACUACAGUACCCAUAAUGCACCUGUACUCAAAGAUUGAUGGCUCGACUGGUUUCUGUUAGUACAGUUUGAUUUUAUUUAUUUAGUUUGAGGGUGCUAAUGCUAAUUAGCCUCCGUCUGGACCGGCAGUACCGGACAGGAAACGGAUAUAAAUGUAAUGAAUCAUUAAAAUCUGGUUUAUGUAACAAUCA